CCAUCACUAAUGUGCAACAAGUCAAAUUGCCGCAUCGUUUUUUUUAGCCAAGCAAAUCGCGAGCACAUAACUAACGGGGCAGGAGCAAAGUUCGUUAAACCACUCAGUAGAUAAUUAAGUAUAAAGUGAUUAGACCGAUAAGAGUUUUAAACUUGAACGAGCAAUGUCGGCGACGAGAUUUCUGAGUGCCGUUGGCCAAAUUUCGAGACAGCAAUUGCUGCAGAAUAGGUGCACGAAAGCCCUGCCCAUUUCGAUGAAUCUUGUCCAGAAUCGGCGACUAAUGUCCACCAAUCCUGCUCCGGCGUUGGCCAACAAGCACCUGCACACCAAGGUGGUGAAUGGAGUGCUGGUCAUCAAAAUAGACUCCCCCAAUGCCAAAGUUAACUCUCUGGGUUCCGAGGUGAGCGAUGAAUUCGAGCGGGUGAUCAAGGACCUGGAAACGAAUCCUGCCGUGAGUUCAGCUGUGCUGAUCUCGGGAAAACCAGGAUGCUUCGUGGCCGGAGCCGAUAUUGGAAUGCUGGAGAAGUGCGAGACGGCGGAGGAGGCCACCCUGAUCUCCCACGGCGCCCAGUUGAUGUUCGACCGGAUGGAGCGCAGCAAGAAGCCCAUCGUGGCCGCCAUCAGCGGUGUUUGCCUCGGCGGAGGAUUGGAACUGGCUCUGGCCUGCCACUACCGCAUUGCCACCAAGGACAGCAAGACCAAGCUGGGUCUGCCGGAGGUCAUGUUGGGUCUCCUGCCCGGCGGCGGUGGCACUGUCCGCCUGCCCAAGCUCACCUCCGUUCCCACUGCUCUCGAUCUGGAGCUGACCGGCAAGCAGGUGCGUGCCGAUCGCGCCAAGCGUCUGGGCAUUGUCGAUCUGCUGGUGGAACCCCUCGGUCCUGGACUUCAGCCCGCCGAACAGAACACCAUUGAGUACCUGGAGAAGACCGCCGUCCAAGUGGCAAACGAUCUGGCCAGCGGAAAACUUCGCGUUAAUCGCGAAAAGAGCGGUCUGGUCAACAAGAUCCAGUCCUUUGUUAUGGACACCGACUUCGUUAAGAACAAGAUCUUCGAAACUGCCAAGAAGCAAGUACUGAAGGCCUCCAACGGUCUCUAUCCUGCUCCCCUCAAGAUCCUCGAUGUGGUCCGUGCUGGCGUGGAUAAGGGAAGCGAGGCUGGUUACGAGGCGGAGCGCAAGGGCUUCGGCGAACUGUCGGCAACUCCCGAGUCCAAGGGAUUGAUUGCCCUCUUCCGUGGACAAACUGAGUGCAAGAAGAACCGUUUCGGCAAGCCAGCGCGUCCAGUUAAGACUGUUGGUGUUCUGGGAGCUGGUCUCAUGGGUGCCGGCAUCGUUCAGGUAUCCGUGGACAAGGGCUACCAGGUGGUGAUGAAGGAUGCCACCGAUGCCGGUCUGGCUCGUGGUAUUGGCCAGGUCCAGAAGGGUCUGGAGACAGCCGUGAAGCGCAAGCGAAUCACUGGACUUGAACGCGACCAGACUCUUGCCAACCUGCGACCCACUCUGGAUUACAAUGACUUCAAGAACGCCGACAUCAUCAUCGAAGCUGUGUUUGAGGACAUUAAGGUCAAGCACAACGUGAUCAAGGAGCUGGAAGCCGUUGUUCCCGAGCACUGUGUUAUUGCCACCAACACCAGCGCCAUUCCCAUUAGCAAGAUUGCAGCGGGAAGUUCGCGCCCCGAGAAGGUUGUUGGCAUGCACUACUUCUCGCCCGUGGAUAAGAUGCAGCUGCUGGAGAUCAUCACCCACCCAGGCACCUCCAAGGACACCGUUGCCCAGGCCGUGGCCGUGGGUCUCAAGCAAGGCAAGGUCGUCAUCACCGUGGGCGAUGGACCCGGCUUCUACACCACCCGCAUCCUCGCCGGCAUGUUGUCGGAGGCUAUAAGACUGCUGCAGGAGGGCGUGGACCCCAAGGAUCUGGACCAGUACACUAAGAAGUUCGGUUUCCCCGUGGGCGCUGCAACUCUUGCCGAUGAGGUUGGCAUUGAUGUGGGUUCCCACAUUGCCGCUGAUCUGGCCAAGGCUUUCGGCGAGCGAUUGAGCGGAGGCAACCUGGAAGUGAUGAACGACCUCGUGCUAGCUGGAUUCCUUGGACGCAAAUCCGGAAAGGGAAUCUUCUUGUACGAUGGACAGAAGCGAGGCACUCGUCCGGUGAACAACGAUGCUCUGGAGAUUGUCAAGCAGAAGUACGCUCUGGUUUCCAAGGGAGCCAACACGCCCGAGGAUCUGACUCUGCGAAUGGUGUCGCGCUUCGUCAACGAGGCUGUGAUCUGUUUGGAGGAGAAGAUUUUGGACAGUCCGCUGGAGGGCGAUGUGGGCGCCGUUUUUGGUCUGGGCUUCCCGCCAUUCUCCGGCGGACCCUUCCGCUGGGUGGAUCAGUACGGAGCAGGCAAGCUGGUCACCAAGAUGCAGUCCUAUGCUGAGCUGUACGGAGUUGCAUUCAAGCCCGCCCAGACCUUGCUGGACAUGGCCAAGGAUCCGGCGAAGAAGUUCUACCCCAAGACUGGCUCUUCGAAGUUGUAGAUCCGAUUUAAUCCGAUCCCCAGCUCCCCGAUGAUGCCGCCAACGAAAAUUAGCUUUUAGUGCGAAGAUAGGGAGCAGUCCCUGUGCAUUUCUCUUAGAGAGGAGUCCUUUGCGGUGCACCCGCUGCCUAGAAAGUGGGGCGAGCCCAUGCGAAAAACCCUCUGUUCAAGUUGUCGAGUUUAUAAAUUAAAGUUUACCGUGUAAUUUUCCAUA